UGAAAUUUUCAUCGGGCCCGCCGAGAGCCAACGAGAGCAAGUUCGGCCGAUCCGUGGGUGCUGGCCGCGUGCGCGAGAUUUUAGAAACUAACGAAAAUAUUUUAGCCAAAGCUAACGCUAGCUGGCUAAACGGCCAAAGUGUGAAUGUGAAUGUGUUGCGGGUCAAAUGCAUAAACAAACAAACGAGCAGGCGGCAAAGUCGACAAAAUCAGUGAAGUCGGCCGAUCUGAGUGCAAUGAAAUAAAACGCGUUUGAUUUGAUUGCAUCCAGCAUUCAACAGUGCGUUUGAAUUUAUUUAAAAUACAAACAAAAAAUACACAAGAAAUACAUGCAACUAGUGCCGUCUCGCUUCGAUACCCAUAAGCUAGAUCGAAAGCUUCAUUAGUGGCGCGCAAAAUAUAAAAACAAAAACAAAGUGAACAACAAAAAGGAAUAAAACAAAUUAGUUACGUUUUUAAGUGCACACAUUAAGCGAGAUUGUUAUACGACUAUGGGACUAAUACUGCUACUGCUUUGGGCCGCUCCGAAAGAUUCCAAAUGGGCGCAUCUGUACACAAAUGCCCGCUAAUGUACAAAUGCGGAGUGAAAUAGGAGAACACAAUCGACAAAAGCAACGGCAACAUCCACAACAACGAGAAGGGGGUGUGCGAUUUUCCAAAGUAUUAACGAUAAGUCGACGUCGGCAGCCGCAGAAAAAUUCGAAAGACCGCACGCAACAUCGAGGAGAAGAAGCAGAAGAAGCAGAAGAGGAAAAGACGGAGAAGCAACUGAAAUUGCAGCUGUAGCUGCCACAAAACGCAAAACUUGCAACGCCUCGUUGGCUGCGUCCAUUCUACAGACAAUUGUGGAAAAGUGUCCAAACGAACAAUAGAAAAAAGAUAAAUAAUCUGCGAGAAACUAACAAACGGCUAAAAAAACAGGGCACGUCAGCGGCAGCGGCAGCAGCAGAGCAGAGCAGAGCGGAGGCAACAAAAGCAGCAACAACAUCAUACACUAUAUGCUCCGGUUACGAUGUCGCUGAUGAAAAUUCAUCGAAGCAAUGAAUCAUUUUGGCGUUGGUUGUUGUUGUUUAUGGCGUUGGCAACAAUGCUGCUAACGUUGGUGGAGACGACAUCGGCAACAGAAAGUGAAGCGCAGACAAAUGCAACAACAAACUUGGCAACAACUAAUGGUGCAAAUAGACAACAGCAACAGCAACAAAAGCCGAAAGCAGUGGCAAAUACAACAACAACAACAGCAACAACAGUAACAACAGCGAACCAAAAACAAAAUGCAGGCGGCGAAAAGCAAGAGGCGGGAAAUUCAGCGGAAAUUUUGAGCGUCAGCGAAGUUGAUGUUGUUGCCGAGAAACCCACCACUUACCGUCCUUCGGGCAGCAACCGGCCUUCGACUGCGCCCCAGAACUCUGCGCAGGAUCGUGAGCGCAAGCUAAUGAAUGUCCUAGCAGCUCGUCGAAGCGCCUUGCACCGCGGUGGCUUUCGCACCCGCAUAGGCACCACAGGACGCAGUGCAACAUCGCCAGCAGCAGCGGCCACUAUAGAGAGCACCUCCAAAUCACCCACAGAUCCCCGUUCCGUGUGCAUUCGAAACUGCACGAAGAACUUCACGCGGCGCACGACGGCCAGUUGUAUGCGCCAGUGUGCCAACUUCACGCGAAUGGCAGCAGCUGCAGCUGCGAGUGCCAAUAUAGAGGGCGGAAGCAACAAGAGCACCAACGUGGUGGUGCGACCCUCCAGUAAAGGAGGUAAUGGUAGUGGUGGUGCGGGUGCGGGUGCGGGUGAGCGCGACACCAAUGAAAUACUUCUCAGCGACGAGUCAUCACACGGGCUGUUCGUUGUGGCAAAGGAGCAGAACGAUACAUUGAAUCACAUACCCGAUGCUACCAAGUCAGCCUCCAUAGCUGGCGGUGUCAAGCAGCGCCAGCGGGGCAAGCCAGCAGUGACGGUUGCCCCCAGCUCCGUCGAAGAAGAUGAUGAACUGCAGCCUUAUGUUUAUUUUGGGGCCAAGCUACCGCCUAUCAAGCCAGACGCACUAACCAUAACUGAGGUGGACAGGGAGAAUGAGCAUCCACGGGUCCUUGAGAUUUCUGUGUCUAUGCAGGAUAGGACCACAACAUCUACCACAACAGAAGCGUCUACGCUGAAGCCCACGGUGUCAACCCGUCGCCCACUUAGUGCUGUAGAGCGUAGUCGCAGUCGUUACAAAUACCAUAUGCGGGAGCGGGGACUUGCGGCGACACCACCGCCUGCAGCACCAGCACCACCGCCAAUUAGUCGCACACGAUACACGGGCUCAGGCAGACCCACGAUCGGACUAGGUGAAAGCUCGGUAGAGUUGAAACAAACGGAUGUAGCAUUAUCGAAGCCGACGGUGGUGCGCAGAGUGCCAGCGAAACCUGCAGUAGUUUCUUCAACGCCGCUCAUCAUAACAGUGUUGAGUGCAGAGGAAGAGACAGCAAGUUUGCCUGCCGAGAUACAACCACCAGAGGCGUCAACAACAACCACCUGCACUAGUUCGACAGAGAAACCGACCACAACCACUCGAAGAAGCACAACGACAAUCACAUCGACGACGACAAGCACAAGCACAAGCACAAGUACAAGCACAGAAUCUACAUCCACAAAAACCACAACCACCGAAAGAUCAACCAUUCCAACCACUACAACACCAAGCAGCCACAUAUCUACGUCCACUGCAACGAACCCUAAUACUGGAAAACGCAAGACUAUUAUCGAGGAGGACACAGAACGACUGCGUGCGCUGGGACCCUCAUUAACGCAGGAGAUAAACAUUGAGGACCAGAAAAAUCUCAUUAUUUUCUGCAAUAAUACCGUAGACUGUGGCUCCACGCCACGCACCCAGGUGUCUCAUACCACAGACUCCAAUUCGAAGAUCCUGCGAACUACUGUGCUCACGUCCGUUCGAUCCACUGUGCAUCCUCGUACAUCCACCUCCACUCCGGCAGCUCCUUCCAAAAUCUUUGUCGGGGUUGUGGAGACAACGAAGGACGAUUUGGCAGCUGGAGUUCAAUGGGUGACAGUUUCUGCUCCCACAAACCUUGACAUUAGCUCCACGGCUGUAUCUAACGAGCGCGACGUCGACAUGGAGAUGCGUCGCAUGAAUCUCGUCACUCUUGUGCUAGUGGCAGUGGGAGUGAUACCGCUGGCCGCCAUUAUUCUCUACUUGGUGCGGAACUAUGUGGUGCGACGCCGUGCCAAGCACAAUGAGGUCUUCGAUGUGUGCAUUACAGACCAGCAACCCAUUAGUCCCGUAAAGAAAGUUGACUCCAAGUAUCAUCUGGAUGAGGAGGACGAGGUUGAUCAUCAGCACAUGCAUCCACAAUCGCAGCCCAAGUGCAUGACACAGUCGCGCGAUGCCAAUCACAACCAUCGCUAUGUCGAUGACAAAAGUUCGCUGACCAGCGAGUUCCAAGAGUUCGAGCGCAGUAAUAUUCGCCUUAAGAGUCUGCUCGGUGAAGGAAACUUCGGUCAGGUGUGGAAGGCAGAGGCGGAUGAUUUGAGUGGACACUUUGGUGCCACGCGAAUUGUGGCAGUAAAGACAAUACGAGCAUGCAGUGCCCAGGUCAGCCUGAAGGACGAGGCCAACAUUAUGCGCAAGCUCGGGUCUCAUCAGAAUGUGGUCACCCUCCUGGGCGCGUGCGUAGAGAGCGAACCUCACAUGCUGAUCAUGGAGUACGCUAUGCGGGGUCGUCUAUUAUCUCUGCUGCGAGCUGCUCGCAGUGCCACCAACAUAUUGCCUGCAUCGGUGCCCGGCGGCCGAAGUCUAGCGCCAUUGUCACCGCGCACACUUGCCGGUUUUGCCCUGGACAUAGCCUGCGGCAUGGAGUAUAUUGCAGAGCGAAGGAUUGUCCAUCGAGACUUGGCCGCUCGCAAUGUCUUGCUGGACCACAACGGUAUGUGCAAGAUUUGCGACUUCGGCAUGUCGCUGGAUCUGGACGCAGAGCGACUGCGCAAGGAGCAGGAGAAGAACGCAGCCAAUGAUAUGCUGCACAGCAAUGCCCAUAAGUUCAGGUUUGAUUUUGGUAGUCGAUAUAUACUGCAGCACUGGCAGCAUACGUUCGGACAGGGCCAUAGUCAGACGCACGGCCAUUGCUCCAAAGAGCACUCCGAGAAAAAGGCGCAUGGCGGCCAAGACACCAUAGGGAAGAAGCAUGCGCUGCCCAUACGUUGGAUGGCGCCAGAGUCCUUACAGCUCCACCUCUUCACCACGGAGACAGAUAUCUGGGCCUUUGGCAUAGUGCUGUGGGAGAUCGCUACAUUAGGUUCCACGCCCUAUUCCCAUCUUACGGGUCGAGAGGUCAUUCGCCGAGUGCCUCAGGGACUGCGCCCUGAUCUGCCCAAGGAGAGCCGGCACGAGUUCUACAACUUGAUGUCGCGCUGCUGGCACAAAGAUCCACACAUGCGGCCGUCGUUUUCACAGUCACGUCUAGAGAUUACGCGCUCUCUACACAAGUGGGUCGAUGACGAUUCCGCCGCGUCAGACUACAUGGACGUGAGCGGUUUCAGUGAGGAUCUGGAGCACGGUGUUGUCUACUUUAACCACCGCAUAUCAGAGUUCGAGUGCGAAAUAUGACGAUGACUGACUCACCCCCCUCCAAAGCUACAGUAACACCUCUUACACGUACCACCCAUUCCAUCGCCAUUGCCCACCAACUAUUAUACGAGUACAUACUCGUAUGCAUGUAUGUCGUAUAGCAUCAUUCGAUCGAUCAUCGAUUCGCACACAUCACUCACAGCACAUCUCUAGAAAUGAAUCUCGUGCUAUUUUCGAAAUUCGCGUGCUUGUCGAGCAGUAUUAGUAUUACAAGUAUUUGUAUCGUUUCCGCUUGCAUCGCGAUAAGCCAGCGAUUUCUUUGUAAAUAUUCACAUACAUAUGCGUUGCACAGCAAAUAUUGUUUAUUUUGUAGAGAUAAUUUAAAUACUGGAUGCAACUUGCAGCUUAUAUAAUCAUCACUUAGUUCUUCUAGUCUGUAUCUAAAAUCCAUUAUUUCAAAUUUAGUUGCAAUCGUUACUGUAUUUAAUUGAGCAUUGAGCUCACUGCACCCUAAACUGGCACACACUCUAUGUAUUUUUGUGAUUGUUCGAGUGCAUCAUGUAGGAUGUAAUUUAUGUAUUGAUAUAGCUUUAGGA